AUGUUAAUUCCGGUGUUAAUUUUAUUAAUAGCCUUAGUGCUUGGUUACACUCAUUACUUUGGCAAAUAUAACGAAAAUUACUGGAAACGACGUGGUGUUCCCUUUUAUCCAAGGAAUAAAAUCUGGGGUCCGUUUUGGGACUUCGUGUUUGGUGAGCGGGCGUUUUUUGAAGUACUCGGUGACAUUUACAAAAAAUACCCUGAUGCACCCGCCGUUGGUUUUGGUUCUGUAAGUACUCCGACAAUACUCGUCAGGGAUGCUACAAACAUACGGCAUAUUGUACAAGUGGAUUUUGAGUCCUUCUAUCACAACGGAGUUGAAGUACCACCAGGAGACCGUUUGGCUGAUAGUAUUCCGUUUAUGAACGGCAAGCGGUGGAAGCUAAUGCGGCAAAAUAUGACACCUUUAUUUAGUGUCGCCAAACUCAAGAAUAUGUACAUUGUUAUGGACAAAAGUGCGCAAGACUUUGUAAAAUAUUUGAAUGAUCACCCAGAGAAGUUAAAAGGAAAUGCAUUUGAAACCCUCUCUACUUUCUGUAGUGCAGCAAUUGGCGCUUCAAUAUUUGGUAUUACUACGGAGUCCAUUUUUGAUUCACCUUUUCUUCGUAUGGCCCAAAAUGCGGCCGUGCCUACAUUUUGGACAAAUUUAAGGUUUUCACUUUUACUAGUCAGUCCGUGGUUAUUCGGGAAGUUGAAACUAGCGUUAUUCGCAGAGCAUGAAACAUUUUUUAUCAAUGCUGUAAAACAGUUGAUACGACAAAGGGAAAAGGAAGGUGUGAAGAAACCUGAUUUUGCAGACAUAUGUGUAAAUUUGCAAAAGAAAGGAGAGAUAAAAGACGAAGAAACUGGAGUCAGCAUUGAGCCCACUGAUGAGCUUAUGGCGGCUCAAGCAUUUUUCUUUUUCAUAGCCGGUGUUGAACCAAGUGCAUUAGCUUUGUUUUGUACGUUAAUUGAACUAGGUCGUAAUCCAGAAAUAUUGAAGAGGGUUCAUGAUGAAAUAGAUGAUAUUUUUAAGAAGUAUAAUAACAAUCUGACAUAUGAGUGCCUGUCUGAUGCAAAAUAUCUUGAAAUGGUUCUGAAUGAAGGCCUGAGAAUGUAUCCUCCUAUUGGUUUACUCGGAAGACAAUGUGUAAAAGAUUCCGUAUUACCCGUCGGGAAUAUCAAAAUAGAGAAAGGAACAAAAAUAUUAUUUAGUCCUUUUGAAGUUCAACGUGAUCCGAAACUCUUUCCAGAACCUGACAAAUUUAUUCCGGAAAGAUUUUCACGUGAAUCUGAAGCAUUUACUGAUCUUGCUUUCAUGCCUUUUGGAAGAGGGAUGAGAAUCUGUAUUGGAGAAAGAUUUGCUAGAAUUCAAAUAAUGACUGGUUUCAUAUAUCUUCUUCGAUACUUUACAAUAAAAACUCUCGUUCAAGGUUAUGAAGUUAAGUAUAAGAAAGAACAGUUUCAAGUUAGACCAUCAAAUGCUGAUGUAGAAUUUAUACCAAGGAAUAUCGAAGUAAAACCAUAA